ACCCACGACCAUUCAGUGCACCACUUCCACCACGAGACGCUCCGUUUCGGAGCGUGUGCAUGCUGCGGGGAGCCGUCCCGGCUCGGCGCGGCGCGGAGCGGAGCGGAGCGGGCAGAGCUCCGGCUGCCGCAAAAGGCCCGUUUGCAGCAGCCGGGCGUUUGCGGCAGCGCGGCCGCGCCGGGGCCGGGCAGAGCGCGGCGGCCGUGCAGCAUGCUGGACCCGGAGGGCAGUGUGGAGCACCAGCCUCCCUCCUCCUUCCCCAAAGUCCUCCUCAUCCCUCUAGCCAUGCUCCUCGCAAUUGCAGCGCUCCUGCUCUUAGCCUUUUCCGCUACGCGGCAGAAGGAGCCUGAUUUUUACACGUUCAAAGUUGUAAACAUCAGGGGCAAGCUUGUGUCUCUGGAGAAGUACAGGGGCUCGGUGUCUCUAGUUGUCAACGUUGCAAGUGAGUGUGGGUACACAGACAGCCACUACAAGGCCUUACAGCAGCUGCAGAGAGACCUGGGCCCAUACCAUUUCAAUGUGCUGGCAUUCCCCUGCAAUCAGUUUGGGCAGCAAGAGCCAGACACCAACAAAGAAAUUGAGAGCUUUGCACGAAAGACUUAUGGUGCCUCCUUCCCUAUGUUCAGCAAAAUCACAGUCAGUGGAGCCGGUGCAAUUCCUGCCUUCAAGUACUUAAUUGAUUCUACGGGAGAAGAACCAACCUGGAACUUCUGGAAAUAUCUGGUGGACCCCAAUGGGAAAGUAGUGAAGGCCUGGGACUCUACUGUUGCUGUUGAAGAAAUAAGGCCCCAUGUUACAGAACUUGUAAGGAAAAUCAUCCUAAAGAAGAAAGAUGAAUUAUGA